AUGACCAACCCCAGGGACUACGACCACCUGUUCAAGCUGCUGAUCAUCGGCGACAGCGGCGUUGGAAAAAGCAGCCUGUUGCUUCGAUUUGCGGACAACACGUUUUCUGCCAAUUACAUUACGACAAUCGGCGUGGACUUUAAGAUACGGACGAUUACCGUCAAUGACGAAAAGGUGAAGCUUCAGAUCUGGGAUACAGCUGGACAGGAACGGUUUCGGACGAUCACCUCUACGUAA